UUUGUGAAGUAUUCUGUCUGUGCUCAAGCUGCAGACGUUUUUAGUUAUCUGUCUGUGCGCUAUUUUACUCUUUUUCUUUUUUCUUUCCGUCCUUGAGUUCGGAAACAAGUCUCGGCGACUCGUAUAUAAAUACUAGUCAAACUUAAUAGUUUUCCAUUGACCGCGUCAAAAUACCCGUCAAAACGGGUCCCAAAAUUUACUACCCCUGAGUGCCCGACAUCCUCCUCAAUGUUUGUUCAUCCUGCGAAGUUCUUCUUCUUCUUCGUUCGCUGAACUGUUUAAAGCUUCGAAAUUGAAUUCAAGGUUAUCGACCAACAAGGGUUUGAAGGUACACUCUUGAGUACACGGAAGUUUUGAGCAAGGUGCAUAGUACAACAUUUUCUGUAUCUCCCAAGUUCUUGGCACUUCUAAUGAAAGAAGAAACUCACUGUGGUAGAAUCUCAUCACUUUGCUUGUUCUGGAAUUAGCAUGUGGUGUUCUAUUUGAUAACUUUCAGGCGAGUGAUAAGAAGUUGUUGAAACAAUGACAGAUCCGUCUUUUCUCAAUAGCCCGAGAAGAAUACUGAGUUUAUCGAAGAAGAGAGCGACUGUCUCUUUUACAGAUCCCGAUGACAAGGUUUCUGGAUUUCCUGUAUCUGAAGAACUUGGUGCAAAGCCUACAGAGGUAUAUGGCUUUGUGGGGUCUAUUGCAACCAUCACGACUACAGUUAUCUACCUGAUAUGGGCCUACAUUCCUGAACCUUGGCUUCAUUCUGUAGGGAUCACUUACUAUCCUAGCAGAUACUGGGCAUUGGCAUUGCCAUCUUAUGCUAUGGUUGCCAUAGCAUUAGCAAUCACAUUUUACAUUGGUCUGAACUUCAUGGCAACAGCUCCUCCAACCUCUUUCAACAGUAUAUAUGACGAAUUCAGUAGAGAACAUUCUGUUUGUCAGGUUUCAAAGGAAGGAGAUGAGCAACCUAUCGAACCUAUAUCAGAUAUUGGGAUCCAUCAAGUUAACGAUCUCAUGUUUAACUAGGCAAAUUGAUGCGAAAGAGCCUUUUUUGCUUAAAGACCAACAUGUUGGUGCAUCGAUUCAUCCUACUAUUUGCAGCUCUAGCCAGUAAGUUCUGAAGCAAGUAAGUAAAUUUACCAGGCACCUCAUGACCUGGAAUCAGACUAGGUAUCCCAACUGGUUGCACUCUAAAAUGUGCUACUGUUCUACAGGUUUGUCUUAUUCGUCACAAAAUUAAAUUUCAUUCUCUCCUCUCCGAUAACUUGUUACUUCUCGUGUAUUCCCAUCUUGGGUCAGAGAUGGUAGUAAUAUGUUCCUGCUGCUGUAAUACAAGGAUUAUCAGGUGAUUGGGGAUUAUUAGCCAUGACUGAUGCUAUCACGGCUAGUUCUUACGCCCAGAUUUUUUGUUCAGAGAAACCAACGUCCAAUGCAUCAUGGAUUCAUGGAAGUUAACUCUUACUUCUUCCACAUAGAACCAUGAACGUUACCCUUACAAGUUCCAUUCGGUCAGUGUUCAUUG